AUGUCCAUCGACAUCAACUGGGAAACCCUCACCGGUGGCCCUGACGGUGCAGCUCUCGCUGAGACGAUCAGAGGCUUCAUUCAUGAUCGCUUCCAGGCCAUCCCGCUCCCUAAGCUGAUUCGCUCUGUCUCCGUGCACGGCUUUGAGUUUGGACAGAUUCCGCCCGAGGUCGUGCUCAAGGACAUUUGCGAUCCUUUACCGGACUUUUACGAGAGCGACGAGGACGACUCGGUCGCUGGCAGGGCAGACGAUAGCAUUGCGGUCGCUGCGCAUGGUGUACUCCCGGAUCUCCGGCGGCCGGAGUCCACCAGACACACGAGAACCGCUGAUGACUCCCACCGGCCGUCCGAACUGGAUAUCAUGAAUCGUAGCGGUGCGCCCUCACUAGGCCGAGGGACGACGCCAGGAGUAUUGGGGACAACCUCGAAUCUUGGGUACUUCCACAUGCCACUCUCUGCGGGUCUCCCAGGUACGCAGACGCCUUUAGCUGCCAUGGCGGGAGGGCAUUACGUUGGAGGUGGCGCUUCAGCUCCACGUACUCAGCGUCGACAUGCCGAGUCGUUCAGCUCUGCCUCGCCACCUUCCACGGCCACUCCUGCCAGCUCCCAAGACCAUGCGUACUUUGAGCAAGCCACGAGCACUGCGCCUAUGGACGAUCUUGACCACCCAGCUUCGACAAAGCAAAAUGAACAGCCCGACCGCAGUCCAGACGAUUUGCAAGUCGUGUUUCAUGUCACGUAUGCGGGCGAUAUCAAAUUGUCUCUUACCGCUGAAGUGUUUCUGGACUAUCCGAUGCCCAGCUUCGUGGGCAUACCGCUCAAGCUGAAGAUUACAGGUCUGACUUUCAAUGGAGUUGGUAUCCUGGCAUACAUCAGGAAACGUGCGCAUCUCUGUUUCCUGAAUCCAGAGGAUGCAGAGGCUCUGGUUGGUGGGGAGGUGGUUCUUGACAAUCGGGCCGAUACAGCAAACUUCGACGAGCUUGCUGCACCUUCGCAGCGAGUUGGAGCGCUGCUAGAAGACAUCAAGAUUGAAAGCGAGAUGGGAGAGACCGAUAGCGGCAAGCAAGUCCUCAAGAACGUCGGCAAGAUUGAGAAGUUCAUACACGAACAGGUGCAGCGCAUCUUCGAGGAUGAAUUUGUAUAUCCCAGCUUUUGGACUUUUCUGGUGUGA